AUGGCCACGAAGCGCAUUCAGAAGGAGCUGAAGGAUCUCCAGAAGGACCCACCGACGACAUGCAGCGCGGGCCCGGCCGUGCCAGAUGACCUCUUCCACUGGCAGGCUUCCAUCAUGGGGCCGCCGGACAGUCCGUACGCGGGUGGCGUCUUCAUGGUGCGGAUCCACUUCCCCCCGGACUACCCGUUCAAGCCGCCCAAGGUCGCCUUCGUGACCAAGGUCUACCACCCCAACAUCAACAGUAACGGUUCGAUCUGCCUGGAUAUUCUCAAGGACCAGUGGUCCCCUGCCCUGACCAUUUCCAAGGUCCUGCUGUCAAUCUGCUCGCUGCUCACGGACCCGAACCCGGACGACCCGCUGGUGCCGGACAUCGCCCAGCAGUACAAGCAGGAGCGCUCGCGCUACGAGGAGACCGCGCGCCAGUGGACCAUGAAGUACGCCUGCGGUUGA